AUGGCGCAGCUCGAGGAGCUCACCGCGCGCCGCGACGAGGUGGAAGAGCUCAAGAAGGCCGCGGAGAAGCGCACGCGGCAGAUUGGCCGCAGCGCCGACGAGGACUCCACCGCACCGGAGACGCAGAGCGCACUGCUGGAGGCGCAGGAGGCGCUGCAGCUGUACGCCACGGAGUACGCCGCGCUCGGCAGCAGCAUACAGGCGGUGCGGCAGCGACAACUCGACCUCGAGCACGAGAAGAAGGCGUUCCUGAAGGAGAUCCGCCGCGUGGGCGACGAGGACGCGUCGGAGUUCGUUGCGGUGCCGGCGAUUGGGCAGCAGCAGCGCUACGUGCUAAUGCACCUCCUCGGCAAGGGCGGCUUCUCGGAGGUGUGGAAGGCGUUCGACCUGCAGGAGGCGCGCUACGUCGCGUGCAAGAUCCACCGCGUGCAGCGUGAGUGGUCGGCGCAGACGCGGCUGCAUUACAGCCGCCACGCUGACCGCGAGCUGGCGAUCAUGCGGACGCUGCGCCACCCGCACCUCACGCGGCUCUACGACGAGUUCGAGCACGGCGAGUCGAUAUUCGUGUCGGUCAUGGAGUUCAGCAGCGGCACCGACCUCGACACGCACCUCAAGCGCUACGGCAGCAUGCGGGAGGCGGAGGCGCGCCUCAUUUUGCUACAGAUCAUCAGCGCCCUCCGCUACCUCGCGGCGCAGGAGCAGCCAAUCAUCCACUACGACCUCAAGCCGGCGAACAUUCUCUUCCACUCGAGCGACACAUGCAGUCUGGAGAUCAAGAUCACCGACUUCGGCCUCAGCAAACUCCUCCAGAGCCGCGACGGGCCCAGCGACAACCCCACCAUCGAGCUCACGUCGCAGGGCACCGGCACGUACUGGUACCUGCCGCCCGAGUGCUUCGACACCGCCGCCACGCCGCGCAUCAGCAACAAGGUGGACGUCUGGUCGUGCGGCGUCGUCUUCUACCAGAUGCUCUUUGGCAGGCGCCCAUUCGCGGAGGGCGAGUCGCAGCGGCGCAUCUGGCAGGACAAGCUCAUUGUCUCCUCCGCCCGCACGCUGCGCUUCCCCGACACGCCGCGGGUGUCGCAGGAGGCGAAGGAGCUCAUACAGAAGUGCCUCGAGUACCACCCGUCGGAGCGCUACGACGUGCAGCAGCUCAGCCAGGACCCGUACCUGCAGCGCACCCCGCGGCGCUCCACACGUGGGGAGAAGUCGUCGUCGGUGCCGCCGCCGUUGUCGGCAUCGUCGACGGCCGCUGCACCGCCGCCGCCACCGCCGGAGGGGAAGGCGGACGCAGCUUCUGCAUCACCAUAA